AUGUCGCUCCCGGUGCUGUCGUUGGCCGUCUCCGGAGCAGCGGCUGCAGCAGCGGCAUCUGUUGUGGGCGACCGUGUCUUUGGACCGGCCAAGCGACAGCGGCCGUCUUCGGCUUUGACAUCGACAUCGACAUCGACAUCGACAUUCAUCUGCGCAGCCGAUGGCUUCCUCUUCUUCUUCGUCUACGGCUACAUUGUCCGCCACCAGAAACGGUCGCCGACAGCCACACCAACAAAGCUCGGCUUCAACGAGUUUCUCGCCUCGACAGCAGCGGCCGCCUGCUCGCACAUCUUCUCGGCGAACACGGCCGCCGAUGGGCUGGCUGGCCUGCUGGCCAGCCGGCGUAGCAGCUCGGCCGAGGACCUGGCCCUGACGCUGGACCCCGGCAUCGCCUUCUGUCUGCAGCAGGUGCUCGGUUACAAUUGCCAGAAGCUGCCGUGGCUGCAGCGUCUGCGCUAUGGCAGCGGCCGGAGACGACACCAGCAGGGACGAAUCGAACAUGCAGCACGGCUCGCUGCGCGCGCGGCUCUCGACACUGCGAUUGUCUUUGUGCUCGCAGCCGUCAGCAAGGCCGUCUCCACGACGCUCACGUACCCGCUGCUCACAGCGGGCCGCCAGCAGGAGGAGAUGGAUCGGGCAGAGAGGGCAGACAGGGCAGAGCGGGCAGAGCGGGCAGAGCGGAUCGACAGGGUUCUGGCGGCAAAGGCGGCCGAGACAACGGGGAAUCAGCUGUUUGGCUCACGAACCGAUGUGGAGAUCAAGAUGGCGAGCAUUGCAAAGGACGCAGCGGAAGUGGCCAAGAGCCCUGCUGCCGGGGUGUCUGCUGGAGCACCUGCAGUCGACACACCCCCGGAAAGCCCCAAAGCUGCCGAUUUCAAGGACGUGCUCCACCCUUCCAGGAGCACAACCACAGCCACGACCCCGGCCACGGUUGACAUGGCCCGGCCGCCCCAGAGACGACGGCCACUGGCCCUCUUUGCGGGCCUGCCACAUGUGCUGGCACGGGCGGCUCUCAGCCACGGCCUGACCAUGGCGGGCCAGCGGGUGCUGUACACCAUCGUGCUGCGGCUAGCCUAUGCUGUUGCGGGGGCGCUGACGCGGCUGAUCGAAGGCCGACGUGCACGGAAGAGCAGAGAUGCAAACCGUCUGCCGGAUUGGACGAACACAGAGCAGACGUACGACCGGAAAUUGGUCUACGUCCGCGACGAGGACGCGAACCGAGCCGUUGAGAACACGGUCGAAUCGGUCCGGCCGCAGCAGCUGAUGCUGCAGAAGCAGGUGCACGAGCACCAGUUUGAGUCCCAGGAGGAGGUGCAGAUGGCCUUUGAACAGGUCCAGGCAACCCAGGAGACCUCGACAGAGGCUUUCACCCGGGCGAAGCCUUCGCUGGUCGUCCCGAAACCUGAUGCUGUUCACCGGGUCGACUCUCCGGUACCGGUCAAGGCAUCCAUACCAGCCCCCCCAGUGGAGCUGAAGAUUGUGCAGAUACCUGUGCAGCAGAAACAGCUGGCGGCCUCGACACCGAGCCGAUAUUAUGGUGGUGGUGGCAUGUCUCUCGGCAUGGUCGAGGAGCACACCAGCUACGUCCUAGACAGCCCGAUGCCACAAGCGCAGCCGACCAACGCGUUGAUACGGCCGCAGGCGCUGCAGGCGUCGCCGCCAGCCAAGGGGCUGGUGACCAUCGACCGAAGCCUGCACGAGGAUGUGGCAGACCGGCUGCAGAACAUCGACAUCUCCGGCCCGAGCAUCCAGGGCCCGAGCGAGGCCUUUUACGGCUACAGCGAUAACAACGUCGAGGAGGACGAGGAAGAGGGCACGGUCAUCUACAACAUGAUCUCGCGCACACAGCGGGUUGUGUGGUAG